AUGGGUAUUGCUAAAUACGGACUUUACGAUCUUUCCUUCCGACUGGAUGUUUUGGACACACGCGGGCAGCAGGAGCUCAACGACUUCAUGAUCUACGGCCUCAAGCAGCCAUCUGAAGUUGUCCUGAAGGAUGAGAAUCGCGUUGCGCAAGUCAAAGGAAAAUAUUUCUUUUGGGGUGGCUACUUUGAUGUGGCUCGUACUGCAGAGGCAGUUGCCUCUCAGAUGGGAAUAGACUGGCAGGCUACGGGAUAUGAAGUUGCCAACUACAAACUUGAUGAUAAUUUUUAG